AUGACAAAUUCUAAUUGUAAAUCUAUAGAUGCUUACAAAUCUGAUGAGAAAGAAAGCUCAAGCUCGGACGAUUCAUCAUUUAGUUUACAUGACACAUCAUUUGGCGAUUACAAUGUUAAUGUGCUACCAUAUAAAACCCUUAAUACUUGCAAAGGAGUGAUCUACUGUCCAGACCUUCUUAAUUGUUCUGUGGAGGAAAUAAGCAAUUGUUUGGAAGAUCAGGGAGUAGUUGAAGUUAAGAGGGUAAGCAGAAAGAAAGAUGGCAAAACCGUCGAAACUGCCAGUCAUAUCUUGACUUUCGAAAAAUCUUAUCUUCCAAAGUAUGUUACAGCUGCCUUUUAUCGUUCAGAAGUUAGACCUUAUAUGCCCAAUCCUCUGCGGUGUUUCAAAUGCCAAAAGUUUGGGCAUGUUAGCGACAAAUGCGAAAACGAAAGUAUAUGUGCAUGUGGAAAACAGACCCAUGAGGAAACUCUCAUUACAAAGAACGAUGAGAUUAUGAAACAAAACGACAUAUUAAAGGAAGAACUUAAAACAGAAAUUAACUCACUAAAAACAGAUCUUUCAACUGAAGUCAACUUACGAAAGGAAGAAAAUAUCGAACUAAAAAAGGAAAACACGAUUUUAAAACAAAAAAUUAAAAAAAUUGAACAAAUAGAAAAAAAAUACAAAUUAGUGGUAUAUGAAUUAAAGGAACCAAAAGAGAAAAGAGAAGAUAUAAACAAUUUUUUGGAGCUCAUCAAUCAAAAACUGGAACUUACCUGUACUUUCCAAGAACUAAGAGAUUUUUAUAGAAUUGGAAAAAUAAUACCAGAAACAUCGUCCAAUCAUAUUAGAAAGGACUAUAACAACCAAAAACUACUACAUAAAUAUCUAAAAAAGGCAAGAGAAAACAAAAAAGAGGCCAAAAUAAAAAAUAACAUUUUAUACGUAAAUGGUGAAACAUAUACAUUGGACGACCUACUUAAAGAAGACAACGAAAUAUACAUUACAUCCGCAAACCCCGAAGAAAAUUCCAAUAAGGUUCAACACCCACACACGUUGAAAAAACAGCAACUCAAAAAAAAGAAUAUAUAUUGA